UAUACACUCAUUUUUUUAUUUAUUAUAACCUUAAAAUAUCUGCACCCUGGUUCAAGGUCCUGAAUCCGCAGCUGAUUUAAAAAAAGAUACAUAUCAGGCACAUCAAUGGUAACGUUAGCAGCAUAGAAAACUUUACUUUAAAUACCCUCUCUUGAAUCGGAAUUCAUUGCAAGAAAGAUUCAAUUCUAAAUUAAAUACAAAAAAGCAGAGAUGAAUAUCCUAAGCACUUCAUGCCAAAAACUUGUGUGUCUAAGCAAAUCAAUAUAUAUCUCAGCAGCAUGUUUAUAUCGAUUCAUCCUCCUAAGAUCAAACCCACUAUGUGUUCAAAUUGUAUAUUUCAUAUCCAUUUCAACUUUGGGUUUUGGAUUUCUCAAAGCUCUAAAACCCUUAGGUCAAACACAAAAAAAUUUAGAUUUGUUCUUCACAUCCGUUUCAUCCACCACAGUUUCAAGCAUGGUCACGGUUGAAAUGGGAAUUUUUUCUAACACUCAAUUAAUCAUCAUUACCAUCUUAAUGUUCAUAGGUGGUGAAGUCUUUACAUCAUUGGUAGGACUUUUUUUCAUUAGGUCAAGGCUCAAAAUUGAUUUAGAUAAAAUCGCGUCUUCACAUGCACGUCUUGCUUCUCGAAACCCUUUCAUUAUUGUUGAUCGAUUUCACCUUGAAGAUGAAAUGGUCACAAACGAGGUACACAAACAUGAAUCUUUGAGUACAACAAAUGAAAAUUUGAGGUACUUGUCUAUGAAAUAUUUAGGUUAUGUAGUUAUUGGUUACAUUUUAUUUCUACAUGUUAUAGGUGUAAUUGGGGUGUCUCUUUACCUUACAAUUAUUCCUAGUACAAAACAACUACUAAAAAACAAGGGUCUAAAAAUGUUGACAUUUUCUGUUUUUACUAUAGUUUCAUCAUUUUCAAGUUGUGGUUUUGUUCCAACAAAUGAAAACAUGAUUGAUUUUAGAAAGAAUUCAGGUCUUCUUCUUAUGCUUAUUCCACAACUACUUCUUGGGAACACAUUUUACCCUCCAUGCUUGAGACUUUGCAUAUGUGGAUUAGGGAAAUUUUACAAGAAAAGAGAGUGUAGAUAUCUUUUGAAGCAUUCAGAGAAGGUUGGUUACAAACACUUAUUACAAAGGAAACACACUAUUUUUCUUGUGGCUACUAAUUGUGGGUUGAUUGUGGUUCAAGUCACAUUGUUUUGUGUAAUGGAUUGGAAUUCAAAAGGUUUGAAGGGAUUGAAUUUUUAUCAAAAAUUGAUUGGUGUUUUGUUUCAAAGUGUGAAUUCAAGACAUGCGGGAACAAGUAUUGUGGAUAUCUCAAUUCUAUCACAAGCUAUCUUGGUAUUGUUUGUGGUAAUGAUGUACCUUCCUCCUUACACCUCAUUCCUCCCAUUGAAAUAUGAUGGGAAAAUUUCAGAAAACAGUAAGAAGAUGAAAAAGAGAAGAGGAAAAGUUACAGAGAAUUUGAUAUUUUCUCAACUCUCCUAUUUAGUCAUAUUCAUCAUUCUAGUAUGCAUAACUGAGAGGAAAAAAUUGAAGGAAGAUCCUCUUAAUUUCAACGUUUUGAAUAUUGUUGUUGAAGUUAUCAGUGCAUAUGGGAACGUAGGAUUUUCAACAGGAUACAGUUGUGAACUACAGUUGCAUCCAGAGACAAAUUGUGAAAACAAAUGGAUUGGAUUUGUUGGAAAAUGGAGUGAUGAGGGUAAGAUCAUUCUCAUAUUUGUUAUGUUGUUUGGAAGGCUUAAAAAAUUCAAUAUGGAUGGAGGCAAAGCAUGGAAGCUUCAUUGAUUCAUGAUCAAUAUCAAUUCUACACCAACUUCAAUUUCACACAUUCUCUAUUUUUUAUUUGUUUUUU